CUAUAUUUUACCAAAAAAGGGCCCAGAGGGCUACAAACGGCCGGACCACCCAGCACCACCCGAUCCGGAUAUCAUUCGCAAUCAGUUCCAGUAGCCCGCCGUUCCUCCUUUGCUGCCGAUUCAAGCUCGAACCCUGGCCACCCAUGUCAAUUGCCUACAUACAACUUAAUUCUGUUCCGGUUCUGUACAAACUCCGCCGGAAAGUCUCUCCUAUUCCUACUGAAGCUCUCCCGCGCAUCUCCAACAAGAUCGUCCCCUCUCCAUGGCCAUCUCGAGCUUCGGUUUGCUUCUGCUCUCUCCGAUUCUAUGUUGUAUCGAAUUAUGUUGAGCCGGCGCGCAGUCCACCUCCGGCCUAGGCGUAAUCCACGGUGGUUCCAGGUUCUCCUCGCCGCUUCCCACGUUUGGAAAUUUGGUUAGAGGUUAUCUAUAUACUCGCCAUCUAGCAGGGUGUUGAGAAUAUGGCCAAGCAUCAUCCUGAUUUGAUUAUGUGCCGAAAGCAGCCAGGAAUUGCCAUUGGACGACUUUGUGAGAAAUGCGAUGGCAAGUGUGUGAUUUGCGACUCUUACGUGCGUCCUUGUACACUUGUCCGGGUUUGUGACGAAUGCAACUAUGGCUCAUUUCAGGGUCGCUGCGUCAUAUGUGGAGGGGUGGGAAUAUCUGAUGCUUACUACUGCAAGGAAUGCACACAGCAGGAGAAAGAUAGGGAUGGCUGCCCCAAAAUUGUUAAUUUAGGGAGUGCCAAAACCGAUUUAUUCUAUGAACGCAAGAAGUAUGGUUUUAAGAAAAGAUGAUGAAGGUGUAAGAGUGAGAUAUUUUAAUCUGUCUAAAACUGUUUUGUAUGUACUUCCUGAGAUAUCAUAUUAGAACCGUUGCAGUUGAGACUUUGAGCAUAGAACUAUAUUUUCUUAUGCAAUUGUUGGUGAUGUAAGUGCAUGACUUGUUUACUAUGCAAUUAAUGGAAUGAUUUGAUCAA